CGAGAAGAGCCCGUUGAUCUCAUAGCAAACGCCUCCUCGGCGCUGCACAACUAUCUUGUCGUACAGCCAAGGAAUGUCCAGUUGGGUUUUUCCGCCACUGACUACUUAGUUGAAUAUUGGACAGCUCCACAAUGCCCCCACCUGAUACCAUGUACUGUGCUGAACAAAUCAACAUUCCGCCAGAACUACCUGAUAUUUUAAAACAAUUUACCAAAGCAGCCAUAAGAACACAGCCAGAUGAUGUGCUGAAAUGGUCAGCUGCCUAUUUUGCAGCGUUAUCGAAAGGAGAAGCCCUUCCAGUCAAAGAAAGAUUAGAAAUGGGACCAAAAACAGGGCAGACUGGACUCACCCCUGCACUUCUCAAAGUAAUGCACAAACAGCUCUCCUCCAAAAACCCUGUCCAUAAGCCGGAUUUGAAACAAAAAUGGAAGGGACUCUGUCUGCCUUAUGAGCAACUGGAGUCCAUCCUAAGUCUGGGCAAUUUCAUUGAGGAAAUCAACUGGAUGGAUUUCUUUGCCCUUGGCUGCAGUGUACUGGGUGGGUCGCUCAUGGGUGCCAUGAAGCAUGCGUGUGAGAUCCUGACGGAGGAGCCGCAGGGCAGUGCUGCCCGCAUCCCCUACGCCACCUUUGCUGGUCUGUACACGUACCUGGCCAGGCUGGACGGAGACAUCCCACAGGAGCAGAUAGACAACUUCCUGCAAAACCUACAGGAGAGCGCGGCCAAAGAGAAUGGCAUGGUCCAAGCAUGUCCAAAUUACACCUAGAGUAGCCAACUCUGGAAGGUGAGGAGAAUGAGGAGGAGGAGGAGAAGAGAGGACAGGAGCAGACAGGCUGAGAUGUGUCAGCAUAUACAGUAUAGCAUAUCAUUUCAUGAGUAAAUAGGAUUGUGAAAUAAAAGAGGUAUUGUCAAUAGAGGUAUUUUUUUUAUUAAAAAGAUAGUUUUGUGA